AUUUCAUAGCCUUUAAACUUAAAGAAUGCUUUAUUUGCAGGGGAGGGGGGGGGGGGCUUUUUUUUUUUUUUUUCUCCCUGAGGUAGAUGUACAUCUAAUCAAAAUGCCAAAUAAACUGCACCAUGAAGGACGACUCAUGCGUCAGUGGUUAUGAACACAGCAUCCAUUACAUUUACCUUCCUCUAACUCCUUUGACUCGUGGAGGAAAUAUCUCUGUCUGCAGUGACCAAAUGUCAAAGGAUUAAGGUGCGAUGUAGGGAAAUCCCCGCACUAUUCCUGAGUCAAAUGAUUUAAAGAAAGUGCAUAUAUUGCAUUUCACAGUGACUCAUAAGGCAGCCGUCAGAGCAGAUAGCGAUACCCUGCUGGGGUGCAUUGUCGCUGAAGAAAAGAGGCUUUGUUCACACAGGCCGAGUAGUGACACAACCACAUGAUCGUUUUCUAGAUGAGGGAGAUGUACCACUUGACGCUGAGAAGCUCAGUAAAGAUGGAUGUCUUUAUGAGACAGUGUGGAAAGAACUUAAAAAUUAGAAAUUAAGGAAACUACUAAUACUUUUAUUGCAUUCACAAGAAGUGCCAUAGCAAAUACUUGGAUGUAUUUACAAGACAUCAUUUUAGAGCAUACAUUAUUGUUUUUUACCCUCUGACUACUCUGCUAAUUAGUCAAUGUAUUUAGAUGUAGUUGUUAUAGUGACCAAAUCAAAUAAGUGGAUGCAUGGCAUUUAAAAUUUCAAUAAUUAUAAUGAUCGAAAGUGACUCAGGACAGCACACCAAAAUCUUAAAUAUCCACUUUUUUGAUUGCCGCAGACAUUUGGGUCAAAGCCCUUCUUCAGUGGCUUCAGGCAAACAAACCCAGACUGUGAUGGCAAAUAAAUGAAUCAAAGAAGAAAGACUUACUAAAAGCAUAUAAACUGUUAUUUGUGGGAUUUUGUCCCUUUUAGAUUUAAAUCUGAUUCAUCUAUAUUUCUUCAACUACAUUUUUAUAGCCUGCUGAUAAAGUCAUGUAUGUUCUGUACCUUUCUUAUUCCACUUGCUACACAUCCUGACUUUCCCAUGAGAUGAAUGGGUCUUAUUACUGGUCAGUGGGUAUCUUUGCUGGCAGCAGUGGGAAGGAGGGAUGGGGUGUGGGGGUGUGGGGGUGUGGGGGUGGGGGCUGUCUCGCAUCAAUGAGCCUGUUGAUCAGAAAAAGACCACUGGACUUGUAAUGACACAGAUCACUGAUCACACCAGGAGGAAAACUCAGCUUCCACCUCGGGCUGCUAUUUAAGCAGGACGACGUUCUCCCUCCUCUUGAGUCUACCUCACAAACAUACACCUGAGCGGGUUCAUCGAGUGCCACAUCUGACCAUGAUUCAGACCGCCGCUCUCCUCAUGACUGUUGUUUCAUAUGUUAUUUCAGAGGACUACUGUUACACCGAGCCGCACUGUGAUCCUUAUGCAUGGGGAGACAUGUUCUCGUCCUGUCAUCCUUUACUUGAAGAGCUUCACUCCCCCAUCAACCUGGACCACCAGAUGACCAGAAAUGAGUCUCUGGAUUCUCUACAUCUCGAGGGCUUUGAUGCGAUCCAAACAGGCCACUGGACGCUUGAAAAUGACGGACACUCUGUGGUGCUGCAGGUCAGCAGUGGCAUGUCAGUGAGCGGUGGAGGUCUUCCAGGUGUUUAUCACACCAUGCAGCUGCACUUCCACUGGGGAGGCCCGGCUACUAACGGAUCAGAGCACACAGUGCACGGACGCAGAUACCCGAUGGAGAUGCAUAUUGUCAACAUGAAGUCCAUCCAUCCAAAUUUGACGGCAGCCUUAGAUGACCCAACAGGACUUGCAGUUCUUGGAUUCUUUAUUGAUGUUGCUUAUGCAGAUAAUGUGCACUUCAGACAUAUAUCACAAAAGCUGUCAUCUGUCUCUUACAAAGGCCAAACUACUAAAGUCAAGCCAUUUCCGCUGAUGAGCCUUCUGCCGAAGCACAACAUGAGUCAGUAUUUCCGUUAUUACGGCAGCCUCACCACCCCUCCAUGUUCACAAGCAGUCAUAUGGACUCUGUAUGAAGUCCCCAUCUACAUCUCAUGGUCCCAACUGGUUCAGUUUACCUGGCAGAUCUUCUCAACAGAGGUGGAUGCAGAGCAGGUGACACCUCUUCAGAACAACUUUAGACACAUCCACCCAACCUUCAGUCGCAUCAUCUCCGUGUCCAAAGACGCCAAACUGCUCACAGGGGCGGCGAGUCAUAUCCACAUGUCAGCUAUGUCACUGCUUCAAAUAAUUUUGCUGGGAAGCUUCAUGUUUGGACUUUAGCACAACCUGCGUCCCAAUUAAGAAACACUUGAACAUGUAUCAUGUUUUUUACUGUUGUUUACCCAAACUUGACAUUUAAAUGUAGAACUUUCACACAUGUACAAAACAAUUGACAUAGAAAAACAAACUGUGAAGAUUAAGUACUGUAAAAUGUUAAAUAGUUACUAAAUGUUUUAUGAUAGCUGUGUGCAUUGAAAAUGUACAACUGUUAAAUAACCUACAUAAUAUAUGUCUUAUGUCUUA